CUCUCUCCCUCUCUCUCUCUCUCUCACACACACACACGAGAGGCUAAGUCCAUAUGUGUAAAGUGAUCUCAAAGAAACAAAAUUAAUCUCUAUUGUCUCUUAGAAGAUCAAUUGGUUGGAGAUGAUGGAGACGAGACAUAACAGUGUUCAUUUUCAAAGACAUACGUUCUUGCCAAUGUUAUGUUCGAGACCUUCAAUCAAGAACGUAACCAUUCCAGCUAAAUCAAACCAAGAAGACCAUCAAACUGAUCCUUUGUCUCCAAAAAUCAGCUGCAUUGGUCAAGUGAAACGCAGCAACAAAAUCGUCGGGUUUCCCACCACUACUUCCUCCUCCAUCACUCCCGCCGCUCACCACCGUUACUUCAAGCUCAAACGCCUUUUCUCCGGAAAAAAUCUCACUUUCGCCGCUCCAACCACAUCUACCACUAAAAGCAGUCGAGAAAGAAUCAAAAAUGAGGAGUUUGAUAAUGAAAUAAUUGCUUUAAUCGACGUUGCUGAAUUGGACCCGCCUUUACCAGUAGUUAAGAAGAAGAACCACGGUGGCGACGGCGGAGAUAAAGCGGCGGAGAAUCUAUGGAAGAGGAGAUCUGGUGGUGGUGGUUAUCAACUACGGAGUUUGCAGAUUCAAACCAAUGGGAUUCAUCAUUUGAAGGUUACAACUUUUUAAGUUUUUGGAUCAAAGCUAUUUAUUUGUUGGUUUUAAUUUUAGUUAAUUAUAUAUAUAUAUAUAUAUAUAUAGUUUGUCCAAAUACGAAAUUCAGAGUCUCUUCUUCUUCUUCUUCUACUUUACGAGAUGGUGAAAUUUAAUAUGAAUUUGGGGAUGUCUUUCAAUAUCAUGUAGUAUCGUUUUUUCUCGCAUAUCUCAUUUGUUCAAGAAGAAGUGCUAUAAUUUUCACGAAAUGUUUAUGGUCAUCAAUAAAAAGAAA